AUGGACCUGUGUGCCCCCCAUGGACACAACAAGAUCCCACUCCGCGCUACGUGGUGGAGGUGGGAAACUGCUCAAGAUGUGCGGGCUCUGCAUCUGGCUACUGAGUACUUAUGUAUCGGAUUACGUGGCUUGCCGAUAUCAGCCAGGGUGCACCUUCAGAACCUUUACGGAGUCUCCUGGCUGGGAUCCUCUACGUACUGUAUCUGGCAGGAAGCAUGGUUAUGGACACCAGCAGAGCAUAGACCGGCCUUCAUUGCACGCACAUACAACAUCAGCCCGGCAUUUGCAGACAGUGUGGUGGAUGGUGCCUAUGCUGCUAGGAUUGGCCGUAGUGAGGAUCUUGACGCCAUGGACUAA